CUGCUUAAUAAUACCAAAUUCCCCAAAUCCUCUCUCUCUCUCUCUCUCUCUCUCUCUAAGGUUUCGUCGUCGUCGUCGUCGUCGUCGUCGUCGCAAUGGAAGCUCCUCGCAGAACUGAUUCCUCCGGGACGAGUUCGGGAACCUCGAACGAAUUCCCUCACCGUGAACCCAUGAUUCCGGAACUUCCAUGCACAGAUUCCUCAAAUACAGAAUGGACAGAUGAGAAACACAGUCUUUAUCUCAAAUCGAUGGAGGCUACUUUCGUGGACCAGUUAUAUGAUUCCAUGGAGUUACUGGGUUGGCACUUGGAAAAAGCAAACUUCUUGGACCCUCAAACUAGGCAAAUGAACAAACACCCUUGUUCACCCUCUGGCCAGUUCAAAGUUCUUAGAGAUGGCUGUUGGAAGAAGAUCAACUUUGAAAGACCUGACUUGCAGGUAGAGAAAGCUGAUGGCUCGCGCGACAUCCUAAGAAGUCAAUGGAUCCAGCAUUUUCGACCUGCUUCUAGACUCCCAAGGUUGGGAUCUCCUAAUCACCGAGCAUCCAGUGGAAAAGGGAAAAAGGCUCUUACUUAUGCAUCAGCUGGAAACUCAGAGCAGUUUCACGCACGCCACUCGUACUUUGGCAAUCAAGUCGAUAACGGCAAUGCAGAGGUUACAGAUCAAAACUUUGUGGAUGAAGCUAUAGGAGAAAGAAAGGGGAGCAACAUAUGCAGUGCAAAGAAGGCAAAAACUUCGGGGACGGAUUCUUCGGACCAUGACCAGGUUGUUCCGUUCAGCAGACCUGCCUCAACAGGAGACGCUGGUGAAAAAUGGGCCUCCGCAUCGAGAUGAAGGAUCUCUACUGUGAAGGCUCAGGGAACAUUCUCUUUCUCUCACUCCCUAAUAUCAACAAAUCACGUGAAUAUGGAUUGCAUGCGCCAUCUGCGUGCUCGCGAGAAAACGAGAGGAUUCAAUUUUUCUAGAGACAAGACCCGGGUGUGGGGGUGCUGCGCUCUAUUUACCUCUCUGAAGAGAGAGGCGCACGGUGCAUAUUCCCGCUGGGGCAAGGGUUAGGAACACGAUCAUAUAUACUUGUACAACUCUACAUAUCAAUGUGCUGACACAGUUUAGUCGGGGCUAAUUCGACUAGGAGAGAACAAGGUGAUUAAUUGUACUAAUACAACAGGGGUUGUGGGUUUCGUUUCUGUCUUUCAAGUUGAUUGAUGCUGUAGACCUCUGUCACCUGUUAAAUGUUACCUGAACCACGAUUUGAUUUA